GGCGACUACGUGAAAGGCGUGGUCGGGUUGGUGAAGGGACUGAGGAAAGUAGGCACGGCUUAUCCGGUGGUAGCGGCGGUUUGGCCGAAUGUCCCGGAAGAGCACCGCCGCUUGCUGGUAGCGCAGGGCUGCCUCGUCCGUGAAAUCGAGCCAUUGUACCCUUCAGACAAGUACAAGUCUCCUUUUGCUCGGGAUUAUUAUGUUGUCAACUACUCUAAGCUCCAAUUUUGGCAGUUUACGGAAUAUAGCAAAAUGAUAUACUUGGACUCGGACAUGCAAGUGUUCCAAAACAUAGAUCAUCUGUUUGAUCUGCCCGACGGAUAUUUAUACGCGGUUCCGGACUGUGUGUGCGAAGAACAUGGGCCACCCUGUCCAAGUACGCUUCCCUGGCCCGAAGUAUUGGGGCCCAGGCCUUCCUUUUAUUUCAAUGGAGGCAUGUUUAUGUUCCAACCCAGCCUUUCCACAUACAAGCAGCUUUUGAAGACUUUCAAAGCCACCCCUCCUACUGCUUUCGCAGAGCAGGAUUUCCUAAACAUGUUCUUCAAAGACAAGUGCAAGCCCCUCCCAUACGUGUACAACAUGUUGGUCAACAUGUUGUGGCGCCAUCCCGACAAAGUCCAGCUCAGCAAAGCCAAAGUCGUUCAUUACUGCGUCGACGGCGCCAAGCCGUGGAGGUACACCGGAAAAGAGGAUCACAUGGACAGAGAGGAGAUGAAGACACUUGUGAGGAAGUGGUGGGAGAUCUACAACGACCGGAGCUUGGACUAUAAUAUCAUCCAUUACAAGCCGCUUAGCCGUGAGCCGAAGAAG